UCCGGAGGGAGCCGCCUCCGUCGGCCCCCCGUGUCCGGGCAUACGCCGACAAGCAGCGCGUCGCGUCGGCGGACGAACAACAUGAUGGACCUCUUCGAGACCAACGCGUAUCUGUUCGGGGACCUGCGCUACCUGGAGGCCGACCACGGCGCCCUGCAGCAGCACCUGGGCCCGCAGGGCGUGUCCCCGCUCUACCCGGGUCACCACGGCGACCCCCUGCCGCCGCCCGGCAGCCAGCACGACCCCCUCCGCCUCGGCCACAACGUCCCGUCCGCCGCGGGGGGCACGGAGGAGGACGACGAGGAGGACGACGACGACGACGACGACGACGAAGACGAGGAGGAGGACGGAGGCGCCGAGAGCAGCGGCGGGGACGAGGCCCACGUCAGGGCCCCCCCGGGGCUGCGGCCCCACUGCGAGGGCCAGUGUCUGGUCUGGGCGUGCAAGACGUGCAAGAGGAAGUCGGCGCCGAGCGACCGGCGCAAGGCGGCCACGCUGCGGGAGCGGCGGCGGCUGAAGAAGAUCAACGAGGCGUUCGACGCGCUGAAGAAGAAGACGGUGGCCAACCCCAACCAGCGGCUGCCCAAAGUGGAGAUCCUGCGCAGCGCCAUCAGCUACAUCGAGAAGCUGCAGGACCUGCUGCAGACGCUGGACCGCGCCGAGGCGGGCGGGGCCGGGGGGCCGCCCGGCGCCAAGGACCACAACGUGGUGAGUGGCAGGUACCAUUGGAAGAAGUCUUCCCAGAAGUUGCAGACCUCUGCAGACCAUUCCAACGCUCCCAUGACCAAUCACAAAGCAGGUAACGAGAUGUCAAGCGCCCCCAGCCUUCUUCACCUUUCGUCCAUUGUAAACAGCAUCUCACAGGAAGAGAAGAUACAGCUGAACCCGGAGAUCUCUGCGGACGACAGCCAGGGUCAGGCUGACCUCUGGGGGUGCGCGUCGUUCCCAGAGAUUGCCCACCACGCCAAACGUUUUGACACAUUGGCAUAUAAAGGGAAGGCCCCGGUGGCAACGGCCCCUUCAUAUCACUCAGAGGCCUCCUCUCCCCCCCGGGCAUCUCGAGAGACCGCGGCCCUCCGCCUACACUGCUGUCUCCUACCCUGCUGCCCGCCUUCACCCCUCACGUCCACCAGAAGAAGAAGAAGAAGAAGUAGAAGAAGCAGGAGUAGUAGAAGAAGAAGAAGAAGAAGAAGAAGAAGAAGAAGAAGAAGAAGAAGAAGAAGAAGAAGAAGAAGUAGAAGAAGAAGUAGAAGAAGCAGGAGUAGAAGAAGAACCAGAAGAAGAAGAAGAAGUAGAAGAAGAAGAAGAAGAAGAAGAAGCAGGAGUAGAAGAAGAACCAGAAGAAGAAGAAGAAGUAGAAGAAGAAGAAGAAGAAGAAGCAGGAGUAGAAGAAGAACCAGAAGAAGAAGAAGAAGUAGAAGAAGAAGAAGAAGAAGAAGAAGAAGAACCAUCGGAGGCCCCAUGGAUCUCUUCUCUCCCUCCCAGGGGUACUACGACGAGGCCUCCUCUCCGGACAGCCUGGACUUCGGCGGCGGGGGCCUGGAGCUGGCCGGCUCCGAGGAGGACGAGCACUUCAGGGUCCCGGGCGCGGACCACCAGCCGGGCCACUGCUUGCAGUGGGCCUGCAAGGCCUGCAAGCGCAAGCCCACCACCAUGGACCGACGGCGGGCCGCCACCAUGCGGGAGCGCCGGCGGCUCAAGAAGGUGAACCACGCCUUCGAGGCCCUGCGCCGCUGCACCUCGGCCAACCCCAGCCAGCGUCUGCCCAAGGUGGAGAUCCUGCGCAACGCCAUCCAGUACAUCGAGAGCCUGCAGGACCUGCUGCACGAGCAGGUGGAGCAGUACUACGCCCUGCCCGGCCAGAGCUGCUCAGAGCCCGGGAGCCCGCUGUCCAGCUGCUCCGACAGCAUGGCCGACUGCAACAGCCCCGUAUGGCCGCAAGUGACCGCCCUCUACAGCGGCGGCUACUGUUACGUUAAGAAUGACGGCCAGGUCAGCAAGGCGGCCGGGGCCUCCAGCCUGCAGUGCCUCUCCAGCAUCGUGGACCGCCUCACCUCCGUGGAGGUCCCCCACGCCGGGCCCCCGGGGGUCCCCAGCGACGGCUACUCCUGCUCCCCUGACUCCCAGCCCCUGUCCCCCGAGAGCCCCGCGGGCCCCAGGCCCAUCUACCACGUCCUGUGAUCAGGGGGGGGAGACGGACCCCCAAAGCUGGGGGCCGCCAGGUGGGAAGGACAAC